ACGUAGCUACUACACAAUUACGAAAAUCCCCAAGACGACGACAGGACAGCCCAAAGCUAGUCUCGCAAGAAUCUGGGACCAUGCUCGUCUUGGACGUCUGGAGCUGAGUCACAGUGCCAAACUCAAGUUUCGCUAUUUCUCUCCUUUCCCCAGCAUCGACUGACGACUUUUUUUCGAUUUGUGAUUCACUUUUGUCGGCCACAAGUUCAAUACUACACAGUUCACAUUCCGCAGCCGUGCUGUUCAGCUGAAUCGACUUGGACUUCCUGCGACCGACAUCUCGCACACACCCCCCGUGACGGGCGCCCUCCUCGAAGGAAGAAAAACGAGCGAUCCUGCUACUUCAUUCCAUUCCGCCAGCGCAGCGCCACCUGACACGUUCCCAAAGUGACGUGUAGCUUUACCGUGUACGUGUGUCGACUGAUUAAAUACAGUAAGGUAAGCUUAGACGGCCUGAAACGCGAGAGCAAGAGCAAAAUGCCUGCUGAUAACGAGUUGACAGCCAAGCUAUCGCGGCGCUUAGACCGAAACGAAGCGCUGGAACAAGGCCAGCAGGUAUCAAAUACCUACCGCACGACCGGCAUCAGCAUCUACAGCGAAUUCUCCGAGUUCAGCCGCAAGCAGAUCAAGGAAUACGAAAAAGCCUUCAAAAAGUAUGAUGCCGGCGGCGAUGGAUACCUGGAUCUGGAGGAGCUCAAGGUGACCAUGGAAAGGUUGGCUGCCCCACAGACCCACUUAAGUCUUAAAGCUAUGAUCAAAGAAGUCGAUGAAGACCAAGACGGAAAGCUGAGUUUUAGAGAGUUCCUGUUGGUGUUCCGCAAGGCCGCCUCCGGAGAACUGCCAGAAGAUUCCGGAUUAUGCCGUUUAGCAGCGCUGACGGAUAUUGAUGUCGGCCAAGUCGGAGUUAAUGGAGCGGCCAAUUUUUUCGAAUCAAAGAUUGAAGAAUUGACUAAAACGAGCAAAUUCGAGGCGGAGAUUCGCGAGGAACAAGAGAUGAAAAAGCGUGAAUUGGAGAUGAAAAAAUUACGCCGAGCCGAGUUCAAAGAAAAAGCCUCGCUUUUUGGCCAACAAAAUUGAAUAGACCUUCCAGAAUAGCACCGCACUUUGGCCGUCCGCAUAAUAAUGUUGCACUAUUUGUCAGUCUCCGGUAUGUACUACAAAUGUAAUUUUGAUAGAUAGAAAUAUCGCACCUCUCCAUCACCGCGGCCACAGUAAUCGAAAACAAAAUGAAAUUUUUUAAACUUUUACAAUUAAUUGAACGUUCAUUAACUAACUAGUCUUAUAUGCAUGUGUAUUCUCAUUUUUACAAAAAAGCAAAAUCUUCCGUUCAUCUUUUCCCGAUUUUGCCGUCUUUUUUGCUUUCGCAGUGAACAUUUCUGCUGACCUGAAGUUUUAUAACCGGGAUUAAUAAUACAUGGAUCUUGAAUUCG